AUGUACAAGGAAUUUGCUGUCGAUUUGAGCCACGCGCAGGCUGUUAAAGUCCUACAUGGCAAGCCCGUUCGAUUAAGUCAUUCUCAAUUGAACAAAGGCCAUACACAUUAUUUCCAUCCUGAAAACUACAAGAAGCUGGUGAAGGCUUACGAAGCGGGCAAGGGGACGACGUUACAUAUGUCUCACGGAGAAGUUCUACGAACACAUCAAUCGGGACUAAGCGGCUCUGGUUUCUGGGGAAGCUUGUGGAAUGGAAUCAAAACCGCUGCAAAAGGAAUUGGUAGCUUCCUUAGAGAUAAUUGGAAGCCAAUUACCUCGGGUCUUCUUGACGGUGUUGCGACUGCGGUCGGACCUGAAGCCGGCCCUUUGCGUGGAUUAGUGAAAUCGGUUAGCGGUGUAGGCAUGAUGUCACCUCCCAUGACUCGUCGUCGUAAAGGAAUUGCCGCAAGUGGCAGUUUUCGACUGGGAUAA